AUGCAUCGUGCUCUAUUGCUUAUGACACUAAUCACGUCCGUGGUUUCCAUGAAUGAAGAAGAGCAGUGCAGGGACAUAUUCAGUAACUUCAUUGACGUAAUACCUAAGCAGCCCUCUCCACAGUACUGUAGAGGAGUGAGCCGCUGGGAUAACGUCCUGAAGCUCACGUCUCCAAUUACUUUGCAAGGACUGGAGAAGAAAAGGGGCACGGGAGAGAUAAGGGCACGGUGUGAUUGCCCUGAAUUAGAGGUAAUUUGGAAAAUAAGAUGUGUACCUUGCCCACAAAACCCUGACUCAAAUAUAACCGAAGAGGAUGAAUCACAUGUGUUGAGGUAA